AUGAAUAUUUUUAUGAGGCGCCUUGCACCAGAGAUGGGCCAGGACCAAACCAAGCAGCAGAUAGAGAAGGGCCUGAGGUUGUACCAGUCCAACCAGACCGACAAAGCACUGCAUGUCUGGACAAAAGUGCUGGAGAAAACCUCUGAUCCCGGAGGGAAGUUCAGAGUGUUGGGAUGUCUGAUCACAGCUCACUCAGAAAUGGGAAAGUAUAAAGAUAUGCUCAAGGUAAGCCUCCCAAAACAGCAUGCUGUAUACUAUAUCUGAAGACAGUUAACCAGAUUAAGUGGAGAGGACUGUGUAUACUUUUAUUUUUUAUUCAGGAAGAAUGUUUCUCCAAAUUUACACCUUUUUGUGCGUAAAAGUGUUUCUUCCAUCACUGUUCCUUUAUAGCCUUUUUAUACACAGUUGACAUUUUUCAUGCUAAUAUAUUUGUCAAUUUUCUGAUACUGUGUGAGCAGAUUUUGUUAUGCAACCAGCAGUGUGUGUGUGUGAAAGAGAGGGAGGGAGAGAGAGACAGAAAGAGAGUCUGGAUGCUAUUAAGUAACUCAUCAAUAUAAUAUGUCAUCGUGUCAGCUCAGGUCUGGUACAGUUGAUCUUGCUGUCGUAUUCCAACAUUUCCCCUUUGUCCACAUGCUAUUGAAUGAUAAGAGGUCAGAGGUCAUCUUCUUGGUUUCAUUUACCGUGAUCUCGACAUGCACGGGUUAAUUUGUGGCUUCCACACGAUGCAGAGUAAAUAAGUGUCCUGCAAUCUGAGAAUCAGUGUGGGGUGUCUUGUUGACACAAUCAUCUUGUGUGGAGCAGCACUCGCUCUCUUUCACCCACCUUUAAUGAGGACUUCAUACAGUAGAGGCCCUGUGUUUUUAAGAAAUACGAUACUCUCCUUUCUGUUUGUAUAUAAGAACGUAACAUUCACCUCUUCAUUCAAGUUUUCCUGCACGUUUCCCGUCACCUCACACUUACUGCCUGUUUUCAGUACGCUCUGGAUCAAAUCGACACAGCCAGAGAAAUGGAAGACCCAGACUACCUGACCGAGGGUUACCUAAACUUGGCUCGUAGCAAUGAGAAGCUGUGCGACUUCCAGAAAACCGUGUCCUACUGCAAGACCUGCUUAAACAUGCAGGGUACGACUGUCAGCCUGCAGCUCAACGGCCAGGUGUGUCUCAGCAUGGGCAACGCCUUCUUGGGACUCAGCGUCUUCCAGAAAGCUCUGGAGAGCUACGAGAAGGCCCUGCGCUACGCACACAACAACGAUGACAAGAUGCUGGAGUGCAGAGUCUGCUGCAGUCUGGGGAACAUCUAUGUGCAGCUUAAGGUGCUUGUUGUCUAAAUGUACAGAUUCCUGCCAAGAGCUGAUGAUGAUUAUUUGAAUGUGCUGCACUGAAAACAUCUCAUUCUAGUCUUCUUGAAUGAGAUGCUGUAAACAAAGAGUCCAAACAAGAACAUUUUCAAGCUGUUCAAUUCAAAAUCCUCUCAUGCCUUCAGAUUUCUCUGUGGUUUAUCUUGGCAAAUAUUUCACCAUUUUACAAGUGUGCUCUCAUUACAUAAUCGAUACUGUUGUUGCCAACACAUUUGCAUAGCAUGACAACACUGCAGAGCAUCUGAGCAAAUAUUAUCAAUGGUUGGCUCAUGCAGCACUAGGGCGCUGUAAAACAAGGGUGGAGUGUGUAUGCUGGCUGGCUAGGGGCUUAUGUAGUACCCUUGACACCAGAGAUUUGUAAGAGUAAUCCCUUGGCUUCCCAGGGAAGAUUGGUUUCAAUGGAAUCGUAUUGAAGUAGUGUUUGAAGAAUGCACUCAUAUUUCAAGUCAUUUUGUUAAAGAAAACAUAACAGAGUGGCAUUCAUCAAAACAGCCGGAGAAACAGAAUUACAAACAAAAGUGUAUAUCAGUCGAGUCUAACUAAACAGGAUGCUGCUAUUUAUGGACAAUAACUGGACAUCAAAGGUCUUACUCAUCAGUAACCUCUGCCAACAGGACUAUGAGAAGGCCCUGUUCUUCCCCUGCAAAGCAGCUGAGCUUGUCAAUGACUAUGGCAAAGGUUGGAGCCUCAAGUAUCGCGCCAUGAGCCAGUACCACAUGUCUGUAGCCUACAGGAAACUAGAGCGCCUGCCAGACGCCAUGGAGUGCUGUGAGGUAUUGUUUUAUAACUGUCCAUCACAUGAUAACCGUCCUCAGAGACUAACUUACAUAACUGUGUAUGUCGCAGUUUUUGUUUCCUGAUGCAGUCGCCAUCCCUCUUUGCCUUUCGCUGCAGAUACAGUAGACGUUGUCCUGCCAACAGGUGCAGGCGCCAGUUGUUCUGUUGUACAAGGUUUCAGACCUCGACUAAAAUAUGCUCUCAGAGGCGCUGGUUUAAAGUGUUAAUGAAGAGGGGUGGCUUCAGUAUUCACCCUGUUCUAAUUAUGUACUGAGGGUGAAAAAUAACUUGAUGUCAUUGCCUUGGAGUGCAGAAGUAUAGUAACAAGACAGCAGGAUGCAUUUCAGAUUUAUUACAUUUGCCAAACACAUUUAGCCAAACAAUUUACACAUCCUGUCAUGUUUGGAAUACCAGAGUACAAGGUGAAACAACAAAUGUCUCACGUUCCACAUUUCUUCAGUUUUAGGAUUCUCAUCUUUAAAUCCUCUCAUCAUAAAAAAGCUCUUAGACUCAUGAAUGUUUUCACCAAAAGACUUCAGUAUGUAUUUUAUAAGUGACAGAACCAGACAGUGUGGUUCUGCACAUACACACCUGACCAGCUUGACUGUUCACUUCUUAGUCAGUUUUUCCAUCGUUGCAUUUCCAUCAGUCUGUCUUUCACUUUCACAGGAGUCUAUGAAGAUUGCUCUGCAGCACGGUGACCGUCCUCUGCAGGCUCUGUGCUUACUGAACUUUGCAGACAUACACCGCUGCAGGCGAGACGUCGAUGUAAGGCCUUAGCUUACUUUUUUCUUUGUCUACGACUCUUGCAUUUUUAUGAUAAACUCUAUUCUUUUCUCUUCAUCCACCCAGAAAGCAUUCCCUCGAUACGAGUCUGCUCUGGCUAUCAUGACUGAGAUCGGAAACCGUCUUGGACAAUCACAAGUCUACCUGGGAGUUGCAAAGUGUUGGCUUCUGCAGAAAGAAUUUGACAAGGUACCGAUAACAUAAUCUAAAUCUCAUUUUAAAAAUACACACAUGUUCAUCAAAAGUAGCAUUUAUAGCACAUGUGCACUUUUCAUGUUCCAGGCUCUUGAUUCCCUACAGCGAGCACAAGAAUUAGCAGAUGGGAUGGGAAACAAGGUAAAUAAUGCUCCUCAAACAAGUAGAAUGAUUGAUUAUUGAUAAGAUGUGAAUAGAUGAGAAACUAAUAAACAUAUAAGUUACACCUUACUGAUGUUUCAUUGACAAGAAUAAGAAAAUCAACAAGUCCAAUAAUGUUUAAACCAUGCAGUGAAGCGCACAAAAUCUUGUCAUGAUGUGAUAGCGUCUCCUUUGUUCUGAUUUGCAUCUCAAGCUGUGCACACUGAAGGUCCACUGCCUGAGUGAAGGGAUUUAUCGGAGCCGGGAGCAGCAGGAGGAGCUCAGAGAGCAGGUGGUGAAGUUCCUGCAGUGUGUGGAGGAGCUGGAGCUCUACUGCGGCAUGUGUGGAGAGUCCAUUGGGGACAGGGACCAAAAACUGCAAGCCUUACCCUGUUCCCACAUUUUUCAUCUCAAGUAGGUGCUCUUGUGAUGAAUAUCAGUUACUAUUUCUGACAGACAGACACAAGCUUUUGACGCCACUCUUUUUUUUUUUUUUGUCCCUGCAGGUGUCUGCAGACAAACGGGACAAAAGGUUGUCCUAAAUGUUUCAAGUCCUCCAUGAAGCCGGGAUUUGUCUGAUCGUGAGCCUGUUUGUGCGUUGGAUCUACAGACAUGGCACAAAGCUUCACAGGCUGCUGACUGAUCUGAGAACAGCAGGAAGCUUCAAGAUGAGCUGAAGAUGUUUGAGGGGGAAAAGGGAAGAAUUCACUGCUGUGUGCAGAGGAUGCUGAACUUACACCAGAGUGUGUCAGUGUGCAGCUCUGAGGACACAUUAAAAGCAUCCGGGAUAGUGUGGCCCUUCAGUCAAAGAGUUACAGCUGACAGGAAGGGCAUAUCUGACGAUGGUACAUUUCAAUAUAAGCUGAAGAAGAAGAAGAAGAAGAAAGAACUACAUUGUCUCUGAUGGCGCGGAAGUUUUUUUCUGAAUUGAGAUCUAAAGAAAAAUGGACCGUCCAAAGAGCAUUUUGAACAGUAUUUUUUUUGUUUCAUGCAUUAUAAAUGUUCAGAAAAGUCAAGACGAAAGAUUCUUAGAAGAAAUAUUUACAGAUUUAGUCAUAACCUUUGUUAUUUAAGUAUUGACAUGACUUCCACUUGUGCAGUACAUUUUCUGAGGUUUCUAUCAGAGCAGAGCCACUUCUGAAGUUAACUGAUUUCAUACUUAUAUACCUAUACAUAUAUUUAUUACUGUAUUCAUGUACAUUCUAUCUAAUGUUAAUUUGUUUUUAACAUUUUGACUUAUUUGAAGUGUUUUAUAAAACCUAAAACAAACUAAAGUCUCUUAACCAUUCAAAACUUGUAUGUCUUCACAGAACAGGUACAUGCAGCUGUUUUUCUUUUCUUUCUUUUUUUCUUUCUUUCCUUUUUGUUUGUUCUCUCUCUGACAAAAAGAACCGGAUAUAACUUUUAACUUAUGUCCGGGGAUGUUAACUCUUACAUCUGAUAAGUUGUUAAGAGAGAAACCUGUGGGGAAAGGAUCCACUUUGACCAAUCACACACUUGUCAAAUAACGAUUUAGGGUGGAUACAUGCAGUAUGUUUUCAUUUCCUGUUUUCAUACAUGUUUGUUUUAACUGACUGGAAAAAUCCUACGAUCCAGGGACAGAUAUUUGCUUGCAAAGGCAUUGUUAUUUGAGGCAAACCCAGUUAUUGUUGCCUGUUUUAUUCAUAACAUCAAGCAACAAAACUGGAUUAUAUUAAUCCAUGUAACCGUGAAUGUACUUAUUUUGAAAUCAUUAUAUUAUUUGUUAAUAUUCAUUGGUUUAUCUUUAAUCUACGUUAUAUUUAUUGAAUUGAUUCUAGACAUACAUGAUGUAAAAUUAAAUCUUCAUGACUUCAUCAUUUAAUUUGAAAUGGAGUUAGAUCGCCCUAAAAAUUAACCUACAAAAUUUCUAACCAUAACUUCAGGCUUCUAUGGAGUUUUUAGUGAGUAAUGAAACAGUCUGAAACUCAACGAGCUAAAGUAACAAAGGCAAAGAAAUGAGAAUCGAAUCAAAGCUUUAAGUUCACCAAAGUACCUUUUGACGCUGUAGACAGAUAUGUUUGCUCAGAAUAAUAUGAACGCUUGCCAUUGAAAGGGGAAAAAAAAUCAUAGUCAUAAAAUCAAACAGGGAUAGAUUUCAAAUACUGAUCUCUCUUUGACUCUUUACCACAUGUCGGGUCAACAGCCCGAGGAGAGACAGACCAACACAUGGACUCAAUACUGCACAAGCACUUACUCUGUUUCUCAUUUGGAGUUCACAUCACUACCUGACCUCACCUCUGAACCACAUCUGAGGUCUGUGCAUCCAAACUAACAAACAUUUACUGUCUGUUUACCUGUCAGUACAGUCUAUGUUCAACUCUUGUAAAGCAUACGAUACUUAUUACACUUUUUAUUCUUGGUUCUGGGGUAUAUAUACGAUUUUUACUGAGAGUUCGGCCUCUCAUCUUUAACGGUUUAAACUACCUCUGUUUUUGCCUCCUCCUCAGAGGAUUAAUGCAGUAGCAACACCAUAUUUAGAUACAUGUAGAGUUAUUAUGUUUUUGUAGAUGUCAUGUUGGUAUAACCGUGAAGUUAAAGAUAUAGACUUGGACAUAAAUGCAUUGUUAAUAUAUUUAUGCAUUGAGUCAAAACAUGUUACUGUGUCAAAAUGGAAACCUUUAAUUUUGGAGAAUAAAGUGCGCCCAAAGAAUACAGCUGUUACUUUUCUCUGAUCUCAGUGCUGCCUUUGACUUUGACAUAAAGUACAUAUGUGAAUAUUUCUUUUGUUAACAUUUUGUGACAUGUUUUAAAAGUACACCUGUCUCUUAUUUUUUAAGUUUAAUGUGACUGACAGCCUGCUCCUGUUCCUGACACAACAGCAGUUGACAGAUUUAACUUUCAGUUCAUAAGAUACUUGAUGGUCUUUAACCAGUUGUUCUAGUUUUCCAGCAUUUACCAAAAGUCUUAGUCAAGCCACACCGCCUACUGCCACAACACUUGAAGAGCAGGAAGACAAGUUUCCCUGAAUUCACCUUACAGGAACACUUCAACCUGAUGGCAGCACCAAGAAAACGCUCGGUGGAGGGUCUAAUUUGUCCUCAAUGCGGGGACAUUUAUAGGGUUCCUGUUCUCCUCCACUGUGGCCACAAUAUCUGUAAAGUGUGUUUACAGAAACACUGGGAAUGGAAAAGAUGUCGGGAAUGUCCUGUGUGCGGUGUCGAGUCUUUGUCUGGGAAGCCUCCUAUCAAUUUGCAACUAAAAUUAGAAGCAGACGAAUAUCGAGAGUGGAGGAUCAGCAAGACACUGGAGGUUUGUAGUAUUCACAAACAGAAGAGGACGAUUUUUUGUCACAAUGAUGAAGAGCCCAUCUGUCUUGUCUGCCAAACAUCAAUCAAACAUAAAGUUCAUGAGUGCAGCCCCGUGGAGGAGGCAGCCCCACAGAAAAAGGUAGAGUAUAGAAAACAACAGGGGUACGCAAGAACCAGUUCUAAAGCUGCUUGGGAAUAAGAUUGGUUGUUAUUCUUGUCUCAUGAGGCUACACUAUCCUUAUUCUACAUUUGAAAAUCAGCUGUUUUUUUUCUCAAACAACUGCUUAAUCGAUAAAUCUGUAAACAUCAGCUGUAACUAAUAUCAGUUACAAGUCCCAGAGUUCAAUAUCAUGUUUCAGAAUCGUACAAACUUAAAGAUAAUACGUUGUAAAAAUGUCAAUAUGAAACUGGGGAAAGUGAUUUAAUAUCAAGGUAAUUGAGUGAUCUGUUAUUUUAGCUUUAGGCUUUAUCUCACGAUUCUUGUGAAAAUUUCAGCUAGAAAUUUCAGACCUCCUGGAGGCCUUAAAGAAGAAACUCAAACUGCUGAACAAGACGAAGGAGCAGUGGGAGGAGACAAAGAACUAUAUACAGGUAAAAAAAAAAACAUAACAUCACUGUUAAUAAGUUUAACAUCAAAGGAAAGGAGACAAAAGCAUUCCUGUUUUUGAAGUGCCAAAAAUAACCUGUUCCCUGAACAAACUGCAGACCCAGACUUCUCAGCUAGAGACAGCCAUCAAGGAGGAGUUUCAGACGCUGCACCUGUUUCUUCACGAGGAGGAAACCUCGCGGUUAAAGGUGCUGAGAAAGGAGGAGGAAGUGAAGAAGCAGGUGAUGUGUGAGAAGCUGGAAAACAUCAAGGAUCAGAUCAAAACCCUCUCAGCCACCAUCAGGGACACAGAGGACACUCUCGAGGCGAGGGAUUUACCUUUUCUGCAUGUAAGAGCACUGUCAGUAUGAGCGCAUUUUACCUACAUAUUUAAAUAGAAGACAUAUCAUCCUGAUACCUCAAGACUAUUGACCAUUUUUAAACAGCAAAACAGAAGUGCUCUGCAAUGACAUGUAACCUAUUUUCAUCACUCUACUCAUAGUUUACACUUUAUUUUCAACAAAAAAUGACAACACUGAGUUCAUACUUCCACUCAUAUCAAUGGUUAAAGUCACUUGCAGUCAGAGUAUAAGGAAAUAACCGAACAUUUUUAAAAUUAGGACUAAUCUCAUCUUUGUUAAGGACAGAUUCUUUAUUGUGUGCUAUUAUUUUAUUUCCCAGCUUUCUUGCUACUCACCUGACUGUUAAAUACUUGACUCUGAUUGGUCAAAACUUCUUAACAGUGAAGACAAAACAUAAGUGAUCAGAUUGUCUUCACUCGUGCUGAGCUCUUGGGUCAUAAACUAAAAUGUUGUACAGACAGUUUGUUAGUAUAUCCGUGUGACUUUCCAUUUAAGAUACAUUUGCAUUAAAUGAUCAUUCCUGCUAACAUGACUUUUGACUAAUAUUUUAGAUUUAACUCACAUUACACUGACCGAAUGUGUGUUUUUGGUCUGAACUGACCUGCUGUUAGCAUUAAAUGUGUGUAUUUCUUUUGCUUUCUUCCUGUGGCUGAAGGACUACAAGACAACAAAGAAAAAGUAAGUGAAAGUCAAUGUCUGUUUAAUUCACCACUGUCUUCAUAAUACUUUUAACCUUGUCAUUGUUUAAACAUGUUUCAGUGUCAAAUGUACCGUCCGAGAGCCAGAGUGCAUCAGAGAUAUCCUGAUCAAUUCUGCAAAACAUUUAGGGUUACUGAAGUACAAAGUCUGGAGGAAGAUGGCUGAUGUCAUUAAACACGGUGGGUGAAGCGAUGUCAGUCUUAGGAUUAUCAUGAAGUUUUCACUCUGUACUGAACUGUAUCUACACUUUCAGUGCCCAUCACUCUGGAUCCAAACACAGCCCAGUCCAACCUGAGGUUCUCUGAAGAGUUGACCUGUGUGCAGUACAGUAAGCAGCAGCUCUUGCCAGACAACCCUGAACGCUGCACUAGCCGUGUGUGUGUGCUGGGAGCAACCGGCCUCACAUGGGGGAAGCACAACUGGACUGUGGAGGUGGGCCAGGGCAAAGAAUGGCACAUUGGAGUGGCCCAGGAGUCCAUCAAAAGAAAGAGCGCCGUCUUCCUCGUCCCCUCUGAGGGAUUCUGGGUGAUCAGUCUGCAGAGUGGACACUACUGGGCUGAGACCUCAUCUCGCAUCAAGCUUGUGUUAAAGCAGAAACCUGAGAGGAUUACAGUAAAAGUGGACUACGACAAAGGGAAAGUAGUCUUCAUCAACGCCGCUAACCUGACAACGAUAUACACUUUUAGUGAUAAAUUUACAGAGAAGAUUUUCCCUUUUUUCUCCCCUGGACUGUAUGAUGAGACCAAAAUCUCCAACCCACUGAAAAUCUGUCCUCUGAACAUACGGGUGGAGGUUGAAUAG